GGCUUAUAUAACUGUGGAGGGAAACAGCCGGGACAUAAACACUGAGUUACUGCUGUGAAAAACAGACACUAACAAAUGGAAGAUUUGCUCAUAAAACAUGUCAACCUGGAGAAGUAUGAAAACCAGGAGAGGCACAAGACGGAGGGCUUCAGAAGCUCCAAAGCCCUGGUGGUGCGAAGAGGGGCCCCAUUCAGAGUCAGUCUGCAGCUGGAGGGCCGACCUUUCAACCCCAGGACUGACUCUCUGAGGGUCAAAAUUAUGCUAGGUCGCCUGUAUGUGAUGAUGCCGGUCACCUUCUCCAAGAGGGUUUCUUCCUCCUCUUGGAAUGCCUACAUGGAUCCAGUGGACGUGAACCUCCACAAGCCCUCCAUCUUCAUCUCUCCUCCUGCCUCUGCCUCAGUGGGAUUCUACAGGUUUCAGCUGUGGGUGCCGUCCAGGGGCGGCCAGCAGAGGAGUGCCUUUGGCAAAUUCAUCCUGCUCUUCAAUCCCUGGUGCCGUGAGGAUUCAGUGUAUAUUCCCUUUGAGGACCAGAGAGAUGAAUAUGUCCAGAAUGACUCUGGGUUGCUGUUUGUGGGGACACCUGUGAACACUGCGUCAACACCAUGGUCCUUUGAUCAGUAUGAGCCUGGUGUUCUGGAGGCAUGCCUGAAUCUGCUCCAAGUCAGCCCUCAGCACCAAAACAACAGAGUAGUGGACUACCUCAACCGAAACAGCCCCAUCUACAUCAGCCGGAUCGUAUCUGCCAUGAUCAACAGUGAGGAUGACCAUGGAGUCCUGAAAGGGAACUGGUCUAGUGACUUCAAACAAGGAGUUCAUCCCUCCAUGUGGACGGGGAGCGGGGACAUCCUGAGACAGUGGGCGCAAACCACUUACCGCCCAGUCAAGUAUGGACAGUGCUGGGUGUUUGCAGCUGUCAUGUGCACAGUCAUGAGAGUUCUUGGCAUUCCUUGUCGUGUCGUCACAAACUUCAACUCAGCUCACGACACCAAUGCCAACCUGGUGAUCGAGGAGUACUACAGCGAAACAGGGCAGAAGCUGAGUCACAACAAAGACAGCAUAUGGAACUUCCAUGUCUGGGUGGAGUGCUGGAUGAAUCGUAAGGAUCUGGGAUUUGGAAAGGAUGGCUGGCAAGUUCUGGACCCAACACCUCAGGAGAGGAGUGGAGGAGUGUUCUGCUGCGGCCCAGCUUCAGUCAAAGCAAUCAAGGAUCAGCGCAUCGACCUUGUUUAUGACAUCCCCUUUGUCUAUGCUGCGGUGAACGCCGACGUCCACAAAUUCAUAGUGAGCCAGGGUCAGGUGGUCAGCCACAGCAAAGACACAGAGAGAGUUGGAUCCCUCAUCUGUACCAAAGCUGUUGGCUUCCCCAGACUCCAGAACAUCACAGGAGACUACAAACACAUCAAAAGCCCAACUUCAACACUUACAUCAAGGAGGUCCACAAUGUCAGAGGACUCAACAGUGAGAAGAGCAAGCUCAUCAGAGGGAGUGCUAGUCCUCCUGACCCUGGAUAAAGCUCCACUUGCAGGAGAGCCCGUCUCCUUCAUGGUGAAAGUCACGAACAAACAGAGUGUUGCCAAGAUGAUGAAGGUGCAUAUCAACGCCCAGGCCAAAGAAUACAACCACAGCCCCUCAGACACCUUCUGGGAAAUGCACAGCACCGUACAACUGGCACCCAAAGAAGUCAAGGUGCUGCACCAGCAGAUCCUCCCAGCCCAGUAUGAGGAUGUGGUGGGAGACAACCUGAUCAACCUCGCCGUAGUCCUAGAGGACACGGCCAAUCAGGAGCGGUUCCUGGCCUCAGAGGAGUUCAAUAUCACCAGCCCACAGCUCGCCAUACAGGUUUCAGAUGAAAGCAACAUUGUUCCUCACAAGGAGCAGACUGCCACAGUGACCUUCACCAACCCAUUCUCUCACAUGGUGAGUGGAGUCCUGACUGUAGCCGGGGCUGGGCUGAUCCCGGGCAAGAUUGACUUCAGGAUGCUCCCACUGCAGCCAGGAGGAAGAGUGCUGCAGCCCAUCACUUUCAUCCCCACCAUGGCGGGAACAAAGAUGCUUCAGGCUAGCCUGUCACUGACAAACAUCAACACCACAAUCAGGGGCUUUGAGAUGGUCUUUGUCAACAAAGUUUAGAUCCUUCUUGUUUGCCUCAGUUUAUCACAUUGGGGGCUAUACUUACAUUUAUUGAUACCAGCGUUUUUGUGCCUCAGAAACACCUUUUCAAUUAGGUUGUAACAGCUACGUCUCUCAGCUGAAGCCAGGUCGCAGAGGAAAGAUUCAGAUUACUGCCCCCCUGUCGUGUAGCCAAUCCUCGUGUUUUUCUGUUGCUGUGUAUGAUUUAAAGAUGAAUGUAAAUUAUAAGUAUUUAUUUAUUUAUUUACUUGAAAUUGAA